AUGCCCUCCUCGCUCAUGCUGGUCUUCAUGGUCAUCUUCUUCUUGGAGUCGUUGGCUGCAAUGUUGCAGAACGGCUUCAUGGCUGCCGUGCUGUGCAGGGAGUGGGCACGGGGCCGGGCACUGCCCACGGGCGACAUGAUUGUGGCCUGCCUGGCUGCUUCCCGGCUCUGCGUGCAUGGGACAGCCAUUGUGAACAACCUCCUGGCCUCGUUUGUCCUGUGCUGCAAUUUUCACUAUUUCAAUGUUCUCUGGGACUUCACCAACACCCUCAUGUUCUGGCUCACUGCCUGGCUUGCGGUCUUCUACUGUGUGAAGAUCUCGUCCUUCUCCCACCCCGUCUUUGUCUGGCUGAAGUGGAGGAUUUCUCGGAUGGUGCCCAAGCUGCUGCAGGGCUCCCUGGCCUUGAGUGUCCUGUCACUUAUCUCGUCGAUUACUACGAAUACGAUGUUUGCUGAGAUAACUGCCUCUCAGGAUUCCCAAGGAAACAACACCCUCGCUGUCACGUUGCGGACUUUCCAUCAGCACUAUUUUCUCUCCCAUAUGGUGGUAGUGGUGUCGAUCCCAUUCCUCCUGUUCCUGGUGUCCACCCUUUUGCUCAUGUUCUCCCUGCGCCGGCACCUGGGGCAGAUGAGGAACCGCAAGCCCGGGCCCUGUGACCCCAGCACCCAGGCUCACACCACGGCUCUGAAGUCACUGACCUUCUUCCUCAUCUCUUAUACCUCGUAUUUCUUGUUUCUGAUCAUUUCCACGCUGAGACUCGCCAUCUACAAUCAUUGGCACUGGGUCUGGGAAGCGGUGACCUACACGGGCCUCUCUCUACACUCUACCAUCCUUGUGCUAAGCAGCCCCAAGCUGAGAAAGGCCCUGAAGGGGAGGCUAUAGGACUUUGUGCUGCUGCUUAGAAGCUGUGGAAGGCUCUGGCAAAAGGAUGAAUUCUGCUCGCAAGCUGUCAGUAUCCGUGACCCACAGCACUGUGAGGGACAAUCCCACGAGUAGCUCUAAGAAUGCAUCAGGUCUAGGUACCGCCCUCCUCUUUUCAUUUCCUCC